UUGCAAACCCUAAACCACCAGCUCUCUUCGUUCCUUCGCAAUUUUUUUGCGUGCUAGUGUCGGGCGGGUCACCUUCGUUUUGUCUAGGCUUUCGAGUUUCAGGUCUCGACCCUGUUGGAAACCCUGUGUGUGUGUGUGUGGGUGUUGCCUCGUCUUCUCAUUCUUCUGCGGAUGCGGUGUUCUAGCUCGGACUCAUGUUUUUCUUCCCGGCGUUUGGUUCUAUCUAUCUACUAUCAGGUUGUAUGCUUCUCAGGUUUCGUCGUUAUUGUGGACGGAUUUGUGUAUCAGAUGAGGUUUCGACGCUUUUUCAGGUUUGAGGUUGCCUGUUUUGUGAGGUUUGUUACAACGAGAUUUUUGCGGAGGUGUGGAAGUGUGCGGCGAGAUUCAUCCACGAGGUCGUACUCUUGAUGCACGAUCGAGACACCAACUAGGGUUUUUCGCUUCUUUGCGAAGGAUGUUCAGUCGGACAUGGAGGGGAAUUUAAUACCUAAUCUGGAAGAGAUGUAGGACGGCUUUGUAAAAGCAUCAGCGUAGGUGCUGACCGGGACGAGGAGAGUUGAGAAGUACUCGAGUCACCCACAGUGCAAUGAUGAGAGAUAGUGGUCAAUUUCAAUAGACGUGGACUGCCUCAGAUCGGUGUUGUGCAACAGAAAUCCUUUUCGAAGCGUUAAUUUGUCGGAGUCAGAUCCCUUGACUCUAACUUGGAUUGAAUCGAGGGAUCCCGGAGCUCCUUUGAGAAGCGCAAGAAUAUUUGCAGUGAAGUAGGUGUAUUUCACUCGCAGUUUAAAGAGCAUAUUGGGCUUGUAUUCUGGCGGAGGAUUAAUUAGAUUGCUUAAUCCCAUCAACUGUACACAAAUGUACAACUGGUGACGGAAAAUUAAGAUCAAUGCAACCACAUGCGGGUGAGGCUCAAAUAGCUGGUGUGGUGGGUGGAGCGCACAUAGCACUGCCACGCGCAAUUGAUGACAGACCUAGUAGCAGCAAUGAGGCCAGUACCCCGGAAGCGAUUGAGGAAGGCCAAGUUAGGCCGGUGGUGGUGCGAGCCCCAUCCCAGAUCAGCACGACCUCGCAGCUCCUUGCUGGGGGUAUCGCAGGGGCUUUCAGCAAAACAUGCACUGCCCCACUCGCUCGACUCACGAUUCUUUUUCAGGUUCAAGGUAUGCGAGUAUCUGAUGCUGUUUUGAGCAGCCCGAGUAUCCUGAGAGAAGCCACCCGAAUCUUUCGGGAAGAGGGUUUUAGGGCAUUUUGGAAAGGCAAUGGUGUUACAAUAGUCCACCGACUACCUUAUUCAUCUAUAAACUUUUUCGCUUACGAACAGUACAAGAUGCACUUGAGGAGGAUAAUGGGCAUUGACGGCGAUCAGGAAAGUCUCGGGGUUGGAAUGGGUACAAGAUUGUUAGCUGGCGGAGGUGCUGGCAUUACAGCGGCGUCGUUGACAUACCCGCUGGAUUUGGUUCGCACGCGCUUGGCUGCACAGACCAAAGACAUGUAUUACAAAGGCAUUACUCACGCUCUUAUAACCAUUACUAAGGAUGAGGGCUUUCGGGGGCUGUACAAAGGCAUGGGUGCCACACUAAUGGGUGUUGGCCCAAACAUAGCCAUCAAUUUUUGCGUUUAUGAAACUUUGAAGUCAAUGUGGGUGGCCGAAAGGCCUGACAUGUCACCAGCUUUAGUUAGUCUCGCUUGUGGUAGUUUUGCUGGAAUAUGUUCAUCAACAGCAACCUUUCCCAUUGAUCUGGUAAGGAGACGAAUGCAAUUAGAAGGAGCGGGAGGGAAGGCCAAGAUUUACAAUCAUGGGCUUGCUGGAACAUUUAAGGAAAUUAUUGCGAAAGAAGGGCUUUUUGGUCUCUACCGGGGGAUCCUUCCGGAGUAUUAUAAGGUCAUUCCCAGUGUUGGCAUUGUGUUUAUGACCUAUGAGUUUAUGAAACGCAUGCUGCGGUCGAGGUCGUGGGAAGGUCUCUAGUUUUGUCAUGCGUUGUGAUACUAUCUUCAGAUACAUUGUGGUCGUACAUUGAAGAUAUGGCCAUCCUAUGGAGAGCUUCAGAUACCGAGUUGUGGAGGUACUGUGGAGUUUGGUGAUUCUGUUUCCACUUAAGGAAAGUUGCGAAGAAGGUGGCAUCUGGAGAAUCUAUAUUUUACAAUUUCUGAUCGGAAAGUUUUUUUCCACACGAUUUGUAUAACAGUAGCAGACGUAGGCAGAGGCUCGACCAUCAUGCGGCUGGUGUGACAUUUGAUAUGCGGUGUAGUAUAAUCAUGUUUUAUUUUACCACAUCUCUCUGCAGACCUUAGGACAAUUCAAUGAAAACUUUUAAAGUUACUGAAUCAAUUUUACGCCUGAAGUGUUGUGUAUUUUAACAUUC